CGGUUUGUUAAACCCUAACAAAACCCUGCUAUAGCACAUUCUGCGAGAGGUAACAAAUAGACAAGGCACCUGCAUUAGCACAUUCCGAGAGCAACGAAAAUGAAUCUCGUCCGUCUAAUUUCCGGCCGAGGAAGGCUUCUCCGCCAGCUGUGCACGGGGGCUACGGAGGCCAAUCGUCCGGCGAAGAAGCAAGGCCUUUAUCAAAGGUUAUCAGAGAAGGAAAAGACCGGAUUGAGCGCGUCAGAGACGUUGAACCAGUACAUGACAGAGGGCAGAGUCGCCGGAAAAAGCGAACUCAUGCGUAUCGUCAAGGAGCUCCGUAAGUAUCGCAGGUUCCAGGAUGCUCUUGAGGUAAUGGAGUGGAUGGAGAAGAGGAAUUCUAAGUUUCCGCGGACAUAUAAUCAUGCAGUGCAUUUAGAUCUUGUGUGCAAAACCAAAGGGGUGGUUGCAGCUGAGAGUUACUUUAAUAGUCUUCCUCCUCCUGCCAUGGACAUGUACACAUAUGGUACUCUUUUGAAUUGUUACUGUCAGGAACUAAUGGCGGAUAAGGCAUUGGAUCUGUUUGACAAGAUGAAUGAAUUGGGUUAUGUCACUUCUUUGAAUUUCAACAAUCUGAUGACUCUGUUCAUGAAGUUGGGUCAGCCACUGAAAGUGCAUCAGCUGGUGGAUGAGAUGAAGCAGAGGAACAUUCCCAUGAGUGCAUUCACGUAUCAUGCGUGGAUGAAUAGCUACGCCGCUUUGAAUGACCUAGAUGAGGUUGAGAGGAUCUUUGAGAAGAUGAAAGUAGAAGAUGAAGACAAAAUUGAGUGGCAGACUUAUAGCAACCUUGCUGUUAUUUAUGUGAAGGCUGAACAGUUUGAGAAAGCAGAGUCGAUGCUUAGGAAGCUGGAACGAAAGGUGAAGCCGCGGCCGCGUGAAGCAUACCUUGCUGCUAUCUAUGUGAAGGAUAACAAAUUUAAGAAAGCAGGGGAGAUGUUUCAGAAGCUGGAACAAAAGGUGAGGCCGCGGCCGCGCGAAGCAUACCACUGCUUAAUUAGUCUUUAUGCAAAAACUGGUAAUCUUGAGAAGGUUUAUAAGUUAUGGUAUUUCCUCAAGUCAGUCUCUCCAGUGAUCAAUGAAAGCUAUCUUAUCAUGAUUUGUGCUCUUAAAAGGCUUAAUGAUAUGGAGGGCUUAAUCAAGUGCUUUAAGGAGUGGGAAUCUAGGUGCGAACGUUAUGAUUUGAGGUUGGUUAGUACUGUAAUAAGUGCUUACUUGAGUGAGGACAUGGGUGAAGAAGCUGCAUUGGUGUUUAAGGAGGCUAUGAAGAAGAGCAAAGGACCUUUCUUUAAGAUUAGGGAAAGGUUCAUGGUAUUCUUCUUGGAGAAACGUCAAUUGGAUGGUGCUGUUAGCCACUUAGAGGCGGCGCUUUCGGAAGUCGUGGGUGAUGAAUGGCGUCCUUUCCCACAUGUUGUGAGGGCCUUUGUAAAGUAUUAUAAAGAAGAAACAGAUCUUGAUGGUGUUGAUGAGUUAAGCAAGAUUCUCAAGACUCACAACUUUGAUGAUUCCUGGCUUCAGAGUUCCAUUGCAGCAUCUGAGUCAUCUCCUGAAAAUGAAGAUUCUAUUGUCAAUGGUGCACUUCAGAACUUGCAAGAUGAUGUUCACUGUGAAGUGUAUGUGGAAAGAUGCCUGUAUCUAAAAGAAAGCAAGUGUGUUGGUAUUUGCACUAACACCUGUAAGUUUCCAACACAGCACAUUCUGAGAGCAACGAAAAUGAAUCUUGUCCGUAUAAUUUCCGGCGGAAGAAGGCUUCUCCGCCACCUGUGCACGGCGGUUACGGAGGCUGAUCGUCCGGCGAAGGGGCGAAGCCUUUAUCAAAGGUUAUCAGAGUUGGAGAAGACCGGAAUGAGCGCGUCACAGACGUUGGACCAGUAUAUAUCAGAGGGCAAAGUCGCCGGAAAGAAGGAGCUCAUGAGUAUCGUCAAGGAGCUCCGGAAGUAUCGCAGAUUCCAGGAUGCUCUUCAGAUAAUGAAAUGGAUGGAGAGUAGGGUAGAGUCUCCCUUGGAUUAUAAUUAUGCAGUGCAUUUAGAUCUUGUGUGCAAAAACGAAGGGGUGGUUGCCGCUGAGAAUUACUUCAAUAGUCUUCCUCCUCUUGCCAUGAACAAGUACACAUAUGGUGCUCUUUUGAAUUGUUAUUGCAAGGAACUAAUGGUAAAUAAGGCAUUGGCUCAUUUUGACAAGAUGAAUGAAUUGGGUUAUGUCACUUUUUUGAGUUUCAACAAUCUGAUCGGUAUGUACAUGAGGUUGGGUCAACCACUGAAAGUGCAUGAGUUGGUGCAUGACAUGAAGGAGAGGAACAUUCCCAUGAGUGCAUUCGCAUAUCAUGCGUGGAUGAAUAGCUACGCCGCUUUGAAUGACCUUGUCGGGGUUGAGAAAAUCUAUGAACUGAUGAAAUUAGAAGUUGAAACCAAAAUUGAUUGGUUGACUUAUAGCAACCUUGCUGCUAUCUAUGUGAAGGCUAAACAAUUUGAGAAGGCAGAGUUGAUGCUUAGGAAGCUGGAACAAGCGGUGAAGCCGCGGAAGCGCGAAGCAUACCAUUGCUUACUGAGUCUUUAUGCAGGAACUGGUAAUCUUGAAAAGGUUUAUAGUUUAUGGGAUUCCCUCAAGUCAGUCACUCCAGUGCUCAAUGUCAGCUAUCUUUGCAUGAUUUCUGCUCUUAAAAGGCUAAAUGAUAUGGAGGGCUUAAUCAGGUGCUUUAAGGAGUGGGAAUCUAGGUAUGGACAUUGUGAUUUAAGGUUGAUUAGUGCUGUAAUAAGUGCUUACUUGAGUCAUGAUAUGGGUGAAGAAGCUGCAUUGGUGUUUAAGGACGCUAUCAAGAAGAGUAAAGGACCUUUCUUUAAGAUUCGGGAAAUGUUCAUGAUAUUCUUCUUGGAGAAAUGUCAAUUGGAUGGUGCUGUGAGCCACUUAGAGGCAGCGCUCUCGGAAGUCGUGGGUGAUGAAUGGCGUCCUACACCACGUGUUUUGAGGGCCUUUGUAAAGUAUUAUAAAGAAGAAACAGAUCUUGAUGGUGUUGAUGAGUUAAGCAAGAUUCUCAUGACUCACAACUUUGAUGAUUCCUGGCUUCAGAGUUCCAUUGCAGCAGCUGAGUCAUCUCCUGAAAUUUAUCCAAUAUUGAAUGAAGAUUCUGUUCUUGAGAACUUGCAAGAUGAUGUUCACUGUGAAUAAGAAAGAACUCUGGUUGGAUUAUUUGUAAGAACCAGCUAGAAGACUCAUUGACAAAUUCUAUUUAGUAUGCUGUACUUGUUUUCCUAUACUAUUUUGAGCAACUUUUCACUUUGCAAAUGAUAUUGAAAACUUGCUCUCUCCAA